GUUUCGUAUAGCAACCGUUGCUAUGUUGCACUAGUGACUAGACUGUAGCGAGAAGUCAGAAGUCUGCGCAAUGUGAGUGAAGCCAGUUGACGCAUACACGUGUACACUAGUUGGGAACGUGUUUUAAAUCGUAAGUGAAUGAAAGUGAAAAUUUCCAUCAGUUGCAAAAUAACGUACAACAAAAGUUAUUUAUUAUAUGCCAUUUCAAGAAGCGAUGGAUUCAUUGCAAAAACAGGUGGAGUGUCUUUUGAAAGAUAGAAAUCUUUCGAAUUUAAAAUUUAAUUUUUCAAAUGCUUGCAAGGAUGGUGAAAAUUAUUUGGGUUCGGUGUAUCGGGUUAAAGUUAACGGUGAGAAGAAUGGUGAACAUGAAGAAUUGAAUUUAAUUAUAAAAUGUAUUCCGGCCGAUGAGGAAUUGAGGGUGCUUAUAAGAUCUGCAGAUAUAUUUAUAAAUGAAACUGCCUUCUAUGAGGAGAGACUGCCACUUAUUAAUAAUUUACUGAAAGAAUAUAAUUUACGAUAUGAGGACUGUCCUGCUUACUAUGGAGCGUGCAAAACACAUAAGAAAGAGAUCCUGAUUUUAGAAGAUUUGAAACCUCAAGGAUUUGUGUUGAAAAAAACAAAAAUAUUAGAUUAUCAACAUGCUGUUAUUACAGUACGACAUCUUGGUAAAUUUCACGCUUGCAGUUUUGCUCUGCGAGAUAAACGACCAGCUGAAUUCGAGUCUUUUCGAAAAAUAAAAGAACCGCUCUUUUUCGAAUCAGGCUGCUAUACUAAAAAUGUCGAUCUAAUUAUGGAAGCUGCUAUUAUGGCGGUGGAAAAUGAUGAACAACAUUACAUCGAUAAAGUUAAGCGACUCAAGAAAAAUGCACAAGAAAUUUUGGAUUUCUCAGUUGAUGGUAGAAAUGCAGAACCGUAUACAGUUCUUAACCAUGGCGAUUUAUGGACUUACAAUAUGUUGUUCAAAUACAAUGAGAAAUCAGAACCAGUAGAUGUACGUCUCCUGGACUUCCAACUAAACAGAUUCGUUUCCCCGGCAAUGGAUAUUCAUUACACGUUCUACACUUGUCUCACGCAGGAAAUGAGAGACAAUUAUUACGACGAAUUGUUACAUCAUUAUCAUGACUCGUUAUCACAACAGUUAAAGGAACUGGAUUGUGACGUGGAAAAACUAUUUCCAUUUGAAGCUCUUAUGGAACAACUAAAACGUUUUGGCGGUUAUGGCGCUUGCAUGUCCAUCAUAGACAUUUAUGUUUUCACUCUUCGAGACGAAGAGAAAGCGGAACCAUUUUUUUACAUUGAUUUUAUAAGAAAACUACCGGCGCUAUUGAAGACUAAUAAAUUUUAUCAUGAAAUGCUGAGAAAUGCAAUUAAAGACAUGGUACAUAGGAAUUAUAUAUAAAUUUUAACAGAAUUUUAAAUUUUAAUACAAAUUUUGUAUUUUACUAUUUGCAAUUUAGUAAAUUUUCAAAAUCCUAUAUAUACUACAAAAAAUAUCAAAAAA